AAUUCGGACAGCUCCCAGCAGGGGCAAGGGGCUUGCUAAGGUCUGGAGGGCCUCCUUAGGGUCCCUUAAUGCCACAUACCCUGAGGGGCUUGGACCUGGGCACCUGUCAUCCGUGGCACUGACUCCCUCUUUGGCCAUUGCUGCCUCCUAUCCCCUCCCCUCCCUUCUUCCUUCUCCUGGUCCCACCUCCAGCAGCCUCUCCCAUUGCUCCUCCUCACCUCUGUCCUCCUGGACUGGCCCAGCUCCUACCUUUCCUACCCCUCACCUUUUUCCCCUUUUAGGACUGAGUAAGGACAGGCGGAGGUGGGGACAGCUGGGGCUUUGGGCACUGCAGGCAGAGACUCUGGGCCCUCUCCCACGCUGCCAGCCCUCCUGUAACCCCUCCCUCCAAGCUGGGGGGAGGGGGACAGCACCCAGAGGGUUAAGGCUGUAGGGGGGAGGGGCUGGGCCAGGUCGUGGGCGGCCCCUUUGAAGGAGGGAGGUGGAGCGGGGAACAGCCACCCUACCCUCUCCCCCCCCCCAGCCAGCCCUCCCCCACCCCUCCCGACUGUGCUGCCCCCAGGGGCCAGGAGGAGUUGCCGGCAAGGCCCCUCAGCAUUCAGGACUAUGUGCUAGAACUGAUGUGUGUGAAAAGAAAAUGUGGAGGAGCACCAAGGUCUCUCGGAGUCCAGAGCCCCUGCAUCAGGAUUGGGGGGCUUGGGGAGAGCUUAACCCCCACUGCACUGGGAAGCAGCCAACUCCCCUCACUGCCUUCCCCCUUCGUGGCUUGCGGUCUCUCUUCCCCGCCUCGGCCCCCAGGAAGUGAGAAGAUGGGGAGCCCUGAAGAUGACCUGAUUGGAAUUCCAUUCCCAGACCACAGCAGUGAGCUCCUGAGCUGCCUCAAUGAGCAGCGACAGCUGGGCCACCUAUGCGACCUCACCAUCAGGACGCAAGGCCUUGAAUACCGCACCCACAGGGCUGUGCUGGCUGCCUGCAGCCACUACUUCAAGAAGCUCUUCACUGAGGGUGGUGGUGGGGCUGUGACAGGAGCAGGAGGUGGUGGGACAGCUGCUGGAGGAGCAGGGACCGGUGUGUGUGAGCUGGACUUUGUAGGGCCCGAGGCCCUGGGUGCCCUGCUCGAAUUUGCCUACACAGCCACACUGACCACCAGCAGCGCCAACAUGCCAGCUGUCCUCCAAGCUGCCCGGCUACUGGAGAUCCCAUGUGUCAUUGCUGCCUGCAUGGAGAUUCUACAAGGCAGUGGGCUGGAAGCUCCCAGCCCAGAUGAGGAUGACUGUGAGCGAGCCCGACAGUACCUAGAAGCUUUUGCCACCGCCACCACCACAGCCUCAGCCUCAGGAGUUCCCAAUGGUGAAGACAGCCCUCCACAGGUGCCCCUCCUACCACCACCACCACCACCACCUCGGCCUGUUGCAAGACGCAGCCGCAAGCCUCGGAAAGCUUUCCUGCAAACCAAGGGGGCCCGAGCAAACCACCUGGUCCCUGAGGUGCCCACAGUGCCCACCCAUCCCUUGACCUAUGAGGAAGAAAAGGUUGUGGGCAACAGUGGGGGCAGUGGGCUGGGGGACAGCUACAGCCCUCCCACAGGUGCUGCCUCACCUCUUGAGGGACCCCUGAACUAUGAGGUCUAUGAGGGCGAAGAAGAAGAGGAAGAGUUGGUAUAUCCCCCAGCCUAUGGGCUAGCACAGGGCAGUGAGCCCCCACUGUCACCAGAGGAGCUGGGGUCAGAUGAAGAUGCCAUUGAUCCAGACCUGAUGGCCUACCUUAGUUCCCUGCACCAGGAUACUCUGGCACCAGGCCUGGAUGGCCAAGACAAGCUGGUGCGUAAACGUCGGUCCCAGAUGCCCCAGGAAUGCCCAGUCUGCCACAAGAUAAUCCAUGGAGCAGGCAAACUGCCACGCCACAUGAGGACCCAUACAGGUGAAAAGCCCUUUGCCUGUGAGGUCUGCGGUGUCCGCUUCACCAGGAAUGACAAGCUGAAGAUCCAUAUGCGGAAGCAUACAGGAGAGCGCCCCUACUCAUGCCCACACUGCCCAGCCCGCUUCCUGCACAGCUAUGACCUCAAGAACCACAUGCACCUGCACACUGGGGACCGGCCCUAUGAGUGCCACCUGUGCCACAAGGCUUUCGCCAAGGAGGACCACCUGCAGCGCCACCUCAAGGGCCAGAACUGCCUGGAGGUGCGCACCCGGAGGCGCCGCAAGGAUGAUGCGCCACCUCACUACCCACCACCUUCAACCACCACCCCUUGCCCUGCUGGCCUUGACCUCUCCAAUGGCCACCUGGACACCUUCCGCCUCUCUCUGGCUCGAUUCUGGGAGCAAUCGGCCCCCACGGGGGCUCCAGUCACUACCCCUGGGCCCCCUGAUGAUGAUGAUGAUGAGGGGACACCCACCACACCACAGGCUGAAGGUGCCAUGGAGUCCUCUUAAAGAGGGAUAGAUGGCCAGGCUGGAGCAGCACAAAGCCAGGGAUACCCCUGCGAAGCAGUGGGAGCACAUAGACAAGCCGAGCUGGGGUCAGAGAUGCUGACCUGGCGUCAGAAUCAGUCCCUCCUCACAGAGCCCUCAUUCCAAUCCCAAGCUGAGGUUUUGGGGCACAGGCUCUCCAGAUUGGGGUGAUAUAUAUAUUUACAGCUCUAUUGUAAACGUGCGGUCCCUGUCCCCAGCUACUCCUGGGGAAUAGAAGCAAUAAUCUAUUUCUGAUUUGUGGGUCCCACUUCGGCUAUGCGGGUUUCUAGGGGGCUGGGGCUUGGGACCAAAGCCUUGCCCCACUCUCAUUCCCCCUAGGUUUUGGCUGUGUCAGGGGGUAGACUGCCCCUCCCUUCUGAGACCCCCCCCUUCCUGGUUUCUGUUCCCUUUUCCUGGCAGUAAAUCACGCAAAGGGGGUAGCAAAGACUUGGGUAGGUAGGGAAACCAAGGUGGAAGCUUUAGAGACUAGGGGGACUGGGCCUGUAAGGACGGAGCCAUCCCAGUCCCCCUCCACCCUGUUCCAACGCUGAGUCAUGGGGUCCAGGAGAAGGGGCGGGGUGGCCUGAUUGGCUCGCCUGCCCCUGGGGGCAGCGGGAGGGGAUCCGCCCAGCUAGGAGAGCGCUCCUCCUCCCCUCCCGCGUCCCGGGGCAGGGAAUGUCUUGUUCCCGGCGCUCCCUCCCUGGGGCCAGAGGGCAGGGCGGGCCGGGCGUCUUACCCUCUUUUCCCCACCUCCCCGCCCAGGUGCGAGUUGGAGCCGCCUGUUCUGCUGCCCCUGACUCACGCAGCCCCGGGGCCGGCGGGCGCUGGGUGUGGGAUGGGGGUGAAGGGUUGGGGUAGCCUAGCGGGAGCAGGCGAGCCAGCGCCAUCUGGUGGCCAGACCCUGCGAGGGCGAGCGCCCCCCAGCGACGUCUUGUAGGGAGCUAACCCAACCAUCCUGACCUGAGAUCCAGCGCCUCCUUGCCAACGCCCUAGGCAAGCAACUCACUUGCCUCUGGGAAAGUUAGGCUGUGGACCUGGGGGAAAGGGAACCUUCCCUGGGUCCUUGCCUAUCACUUCUCUUAGAAUCAAGUCCACUGUCACUCUGUACAUAGCCUCUCUUCUGUUGGUCUUGUUGAAAUUCAAUUUCACAUUUUUAACUACCCAAUUCUGCUGGGGUGAGGAAGAAUCUUCACCCCUACCCCUUCCUCGCUGGGUGCUGGACCCCCAUUGCGGCCUGGGCUCUGCCUUGCACUAUUUCCCCUCCUUGGCCUGGUGGCCCUUACCCCUCCUUAAUAGGGGCAGGUUCAGGGGCCCGGUGCUCUCCCCCCAUGUACCCCCAACGCCCAUUUGCACAGCUGCCCAGGUACCCCCAACAAUGGGGAGGGGGUCACACAGGGAGGGGUGGCGGGACCAGUCCCUGUAUCUAUUUAAAAAGUGAUGAUGUAAUAUAUUAGGAGGGAGGUCAGGUGCCCUGGGCCUCAUCUUAGCAUUUCAGGUUAUAGGGGGAGCCCAGGGCUGGAGAAACUUGGGGCUUAGCCCCAAAGAGUGGGGACAGUUGGCCUCCACUCUACUCGUGGCUUUCCCAGUCAGUGCCUUAGUGGGGGAAGGCAUCCCCCCUUCUCCUGUUCCCUUCCUCUAUCCCUGCCCCCACUUUGGGUGUAAGCGACAGGAAGAAAUAAUAAUAAUUUAAGAUUCACACUUG